AUGGCCAUUGGUAAAAUUUCUUUCUUUUUUUCAAUUGUCACUAAUGUGAGAGAGUAUUUCGUAUUGAAUAUUCGUGAAAUCCAUAGUCAAAAAAUUAUCAAAAAUAUAUUCGUGACGUAAUCUACUACUUAAGUUUUUAACGAACUGUGAUAACAUGAAAAACUGUUGAAUAGCUGAUAUGAUAAAAAAAGCAAAUAUAAGUGACGUUGAUGCACAACUACUAUAUAAAGAAGUAUCACAGGUGAAGUGCCAAUGAAGUUGGUAAGAAUUUGUUUAGCAAUGAGCAAACCGGUUGUGACUGUGAAGCAAGGAAAAUUAGAAGGUGCAGAGCUGAAAAGUGCCCUGGGAUUAUCAUAUCUAGCUUUCAGAGGGAUACCUUUCGCUGCUCCUCCUGUCGGAAAUUUGAGAUUUAAGGAUCCUCAACCACCUGUACCAUGGACUGGUAUCAAGGACAUAUCCAAAGAUCAAAAAUACUGUGCCCCACAAAAGGAAGAACUUGCACCUUUCGAUAUUAUAGGCGACGAGGAUUGCCUUUAUUUGAACGUGUACACGAAUUCUCUCAAUCAAUCAAAACCAGUUAUGUUUUGGAUUCACGGAGGUGCAUUCAUAGUCGGCAAUUCGAGCUUCAGCCAGUCAAGACCUGAUUAUUUACUCGCGAAGGAUGUUGUAGUUGUUUCAGCUAAUCACAGACUUGGCGCAUUUGGAUUUUUAAAUUUGGGUCACCGAGUCGCUCCAGGAAAUUUCGGCCUGAAAGAUGUAAUCGCGGCCUUGGAGUGGGUCAAGGAAAAUAUUGGCAACUUCGGCGGAGAUCCCAAUAAUGUUACGAUUUUUGGAGCCAGCGCUGGAGGAGCUUUAGUCCAUUCCUUACUCAUAUCACCUCGUGCGAAAGGAUUGUUUCACAAGGCGAUUUUGCACAGUGGAACACUGUAUUGCUCUUGGGUAACUCGAGACAUGAAAAAUCAUUCUGCAUACGGUUUUAAGCUUGUUUCAAUCCUUGGAAAAGAUACCACUGAUCCUGUCGAAGCUGUUGAAUUUUUACGAACGGUGCCCGCUAAAGACAUUGAAAUGAAAUCAUUUAUUCUUGUUUACGGAGUUGAUCAUGAUGCAGUUGCGGAAAAUCCUGUUUUACCACAACCAAUUGAACAAUUGUUUCCAAAUGAUGCAAACGUACCUGUAAUUAUUAGUUACUCUGAACAUGAAUAUAUCAUGUUCCUGAAAGAUAAAAGCGAAAAAACGAUGAAGGAUUUGAAUCAGAUGCUGUAUACGCAUGUGAACAACUUGAGAUCAUCGAUGAAAUUAGAGGACGCGGAAGUUGAAAAAUUAUUCGAGAUGGUGAAAGAUCGAUAUUUCGGUGGAAAACCAAUCACCGAAGAAACAUUAUCCAACUUAUCAAAAUUGCUUUCUAUUAUUUAUUUCGGCAGUCCCGCGAUGACGAUGUUAAAGGAUCGAGUGAAAAGAAUGACUGCGCCUAAUUAUUUUUGUGUAUUUUCGUACGUUGGCAAUGAGAAAACUCAAACAGAUCUCUUAGUAAAACGACAGAUUUCUGGAGCUUCUCACGUAGAUGAGAUGGCGUAUUUACUAUAUUUACCACAAUGUAAAAUUGAGAAUCCUGAUCCACCAGCGAUCGGUACGAAAGACAGGAUUACAUUAGAACGAAUGACUAAAAUGUGGACGAAUUUCGCUAGGACAGGGGAUCCUACUUCAGUUAAAGACGAGUAUGUCAAUGUCACUUGGAAACCUGCAACGUCGAAAGAGCUCUGUCAGUUGAUAAUUGGCGACGAAUUACAGCUAUUGCCUCUUCCACAAGAUAUUUUAUUUCCCAAAUAGAUUUCAUCGAUUUUCUUAUUAUUUCAAUUGUUUUUAAAAGGGUUUUUAUUUCUUUUUAAUCACAUAACUUAUAAUGAUACAUGUAAUCGUUUUCUUACGUUUAAAAGAAAGACGAAAAGUGUAAAGGAAGUAAUAAAUACAUUACAUAUUAUAUAAUCUACGCUUGUAAAGUAUUGCUUUGAUAGCUAUUUACACGCAUCAUAAAUUUUCCUUUCGCUUGCAAUAACAUAAUCAGAAUUC